AUGACGAGUUCUUCUGUGUUCCAGGUGUUCAGGAUGAUGAUGAUGAUGAUGAUGACCUCCACUGAGAAAAUGAAGAAGAAACCCGUGAAGGACAGCAUGACCCUGCUGCCAUGUUUUUACUUUGUGGAGCUGCCCAUUGUGGCUUCUUCCAUGGUGUCUCUCUACUUCCUGGAGCUGACAGACUUCGUACAGCCGGCUCAGGUCGGCUUUCGUUGCCAUGACCGUGACCUCAGUAUGCCCUACGUGGAUGGAGGAGAUGAGUUCAUCCCCCUGCUGAUGCUCCUGAGCCUCGCCUUUGCCGGACCUGCUGCCUCGGUAAGGAAUGAAAUGUCAGCAUUCUCUCAGGAGAAGGAUGAACACCUUCACUGGCACACAGCUGUCCCACACUGA